CCAAUAGCGCCUCAGCGUUCAGUGUUGUUCCUGGGUCACUAUCCUUACUCGUCUGGUCCCGGGUGCCGCUUCCGGCUACGGUCGGAGGUCGCGCAGGCUGGAGGCCUCGGUCGGACGGGAGGGAGCGGCAGCAUCCAGAAUUUGGGAUGCACAGCUUAUCCCCAUCAAACCAUAAACUCCUUUGGGACAGAAGCCACCUUCUCUGCAGCCUUCAUACGUAGCCCGAGUGAAAGCCACUUGGAAUUAUGAUUCAAGGAAGCUGUGCCUCAGCUCAGUAUUGGGAUCCACCCUCAAGGACUGGCUCAAAGGCAGUGUUCAACUCAUGGGACUGACUUUGAAAAGGGACAACAUGCCAACUGCCAAGCAACUAGCUGACAUUGGCUACAAGACCUUCUCCACCUCCAUGAUGCUCCUCACUGUGUACGGGGGCUACCUCUGCAGUGUCCGAGCCUACCACUAUUUCCAGCGGCGCAGCUCCCAGCGCCAGGCUGCAGAAGAACAGAAGACCUCAGGAGCCCUAUAGAACUGGGGGCUUUUUUCCUUGAGCAGAGAGGCCUGAGGCAUGCUGUGGAAAGAAUGCAUCUGCAAUCAUUUCUGAGUCAAGAGGACCAGGGCCUUAACUGGCUUUCGAACUCUGGAAAAUGCCCAUGUUUUCUCUGGUACAGCCAGUUUGGAGAGGCUAUCGAAUCAAAACAGGAAUGGGAGGGUGAGGCACACCUAUAGACAUAAAAUACUUUGCCAUA